CCACAAUUGUAACAACAUAUACACAUAUGGCUUCCCGGUCCCAAUCCAAGCCAUCAUCAGCACCACCACCACCAUCACCGCGGUCAAAGACGGAGGCUUUAGAUGUUUCCCUUCAUGAAAUUGGGUUCGAGAUUGAAGAGGUAACCCCAAAAAAGGUGUCCGGUCACCUACAUGUCACCCAAAGGUGCUGUCAGCCUUUCAAGGUGUUGCAUGGAGGGGUAUCAGCUCUCAUAGCUGAGUCUCUGGCUAGCAUAGGAGCCCACCUGGCCUCUGGUUUUCAAAGGGUGGCUGGGAUUCACCUCAGCAUCAACCAUUUGAAGCGUGCUGAGCUUGGUGACCAUAUCUUUGCUGAAGCCACGCCUGUUAAUCUUGGCAAAACCAUUCAGGUUUGGGAGGUGAGACUGUGGAAGAUUAAUCCUUCAAACUCAGACAUCAAAUCCUUAGUAUCAUCAUCAAGAGUUACUCUUUUAUGCAACAUGCCUGUGCCAGAGCAUGCAAAAGAUGCCGGUGAUGCUAUAAAGAAGUAUGCCAAAUUAUAAGUUCCGUUGUACCCUAUUCAUGUUCAACUCUUUUUGUUAUUGAACCAAUGGAGAAAUUAAAGACACUUUGAUUUUAGCAUUAUAACUAGCAAUGGUGCCCGCACGAUGCUGCCGGUUUUGAAAUUGUAAGGAAAUGUGUAUAAAGUUGUGAAAAUAUGCAAGGAAGAUGAUACCAUUAUAUAA